AUGGCUCUGGCCGCAUGCUUUGGUGGGCCCAUGGUCAACAUUUUGCUGGGCGUCGGCACAGCAGCCGUCAGCGCCAUGUCACAUAGGGGCUCGAAUGGCGAUGCAGUCGAGAUACAGAUCUCGUCAAAGUCGAUCAUGGUCAGCACCGCGUGCCUGCUGUUCAACACUCUGGUGUAUGUCGUCAUCGUGCCGCGCCAGCAGUACCGCAUGACUCGUGCAGUUGGCCUGGCAGCAAUGGCCGUGUACUUUGUGGGCAUGACGGGCUCCCCCAUGGCUGGUCCCCAGGGCUCUCCGAUGGCUGGCCCACAGGCCACUGGCGCUGGUCCUGAGGCUGCUGCCAUGCAUGGCGCUGCUGGCCCCUCGGGCACUCGCGGCAAGGGAAUGUGGGCAUACCCGUACUAUGGUGGCAUGUAUGGUGGCUACGGCGGUCUGUACGGUGGCUACGGCGGUCUGUACGUGGAUACGGCUACCGUACUACGGCGGCUACGGUGGCUAUGGCGGCUACGGCUACCCGUACUAUGGCGGCUACUGCGUCCUGCGCUGUGCGCCCGACUAUUCUCAUAA